CGACCAAUCAAAGGAGAGGAAAGGAGAGGCGCGGCCAAUGAGCGAGCCCGUCGGCCAGCGAGUCGGGCCUGGAGAGCAAAAGAAGCCGGGCGCGGAGCCGGGGAGUCGCGUGAUCGGAGUAGCCGGGCGAGGUGCCGCGAGUGGCGGCACGGGGGGGAGGGUGUUGGACGACCACCUCCGAAGGACGACCACAGCCCGCCACCGCUUCUCUCUCUCUCUCUCUCAUCAUGUCCCGCUGGUUCUUCCCGUGGUCGAGCUCGAUCAAGAAGCGGGCCUGCCGCUACCUGCUGCAGCAUUACCUGGGCCAUUUCCUGGAGGAGCGGCUCGGCCUGGAGCAGCUCAGCCUCGACCUCUACGCGGGCGCCGGACGCCUUACCCGCCUCCACCUCGACGUCUGGUCCGUGAAUGAGUUCCUGGAAUCCGUGGGCGCCCCAUUGGAGAUCCUGGAUGGCUUCAUCGACAGCAUUGCCGUCACCAUCCCCUGGUCUGCCUUAGUCACCGAGAACUGCACUGUGGAAGUCAGCGGGCUGCAGGUCACCUGCCGGCCCAAAUAUCGCCAAGGUAAUGCUGGCUCAGACUCCCAAAGCUGGGCUUCAUGCAUGACCACCUCCAUGCAGCUGGCUCAGGAGUGCUUGAAGGAACAGACAGAGGAGCCUUCAGAUGCCAGCCAGCCCCUGGAGGGCCUGGAGAUGUUUGCCCAAACCAUUGAAACAGUUCUGAGACGGAUCGAAGUGACUUUUGUCGACACGGUGAUACGCGUGGAACACACGCCCAGAAGCGGGGAGGCACCAGGUGUAGCCCUGGAAAUUCACAUCAAAAGGUUGGACUACUGCGACGAAGUGGUGCGGGACCCCGGUCAGGCGCUAGCUGUGGACAUCCAUCAGCCUCCUCCGUUUGUGCAAAAAAUCCUCCAGCUGAGCGGCCUCUUGCUAUACUAUGAGGAAUUUGGUGAGGGCAGUGCCCAGGGCCCGAAGGAGGCUGAGCCGUGCGAUUCCGGCGGGGAAGAAGCCGGACCCAGCCCUCUGCUUCAGAUCGGAAGCUGCUCCGGAUACACCGAGAUGAGGAUUAAGCUCAAGCAAAACGAGGCCUUCCCUGGAGCUAAGCUGGAGUUAGAUGGGAAGAUUGGAUCGCUGCACCUGUUGCUCGCCCCUCGGCAGAUCUUGCACCUGGCGGACCUUCUCUCAUCCCUCAACUUGUCCGAAUCCGGCCUUCUGCAGGAGCAGCUGAGCAAAAACCGCCCGCUGGAUUCCGAAGACCUGAAGUUGAUCGAGCAAGACCUCAGCCAGCAGCUGCAUUCGGGGCUGGGAUCUGCCCCUGCACAUCUGGAGGGAAUGGUGGCUGGAGUGGAGAACGGAGAGAUGUUCUUCUCCAUGGCACCCAUGACAAGCAGCGUAGCGUCUCUGCGUUCGGUCAGCGACCUCUCCGAUAUGGAUUCGUCGGUCCACAGCGACAUCAGCACCGCUCCCCUGCAGCCGGCAGCCUUCGCCCCAGGGCUGAGCCUAGGAAGCCCCCGGCGUUACAGACGGCUGCCGUUUGCCUCAACCCUGCCAGGUCUCAAUAAGAUACCAAGCAAGGCUGGCCCCUUGCCGCCCCCCUCCUUGGACGGCCAGCGUCCCGAGAUGCUGCUGCGGGUGACUAUCGGGGGCCUGACCUUGACCCUUCUUCAUCAGCCACCUGGGUUUUUCCCCUCGAAUGUCCUCUCUCUGGUGGUCGCUCAGCGGUUCUUCUCCCAGCUGGGGGGCCUAAAGGACGCAGCCUUCGGAGGCCGGGAUUUUUAUCCCCUGCGCCACUGCUUUGAGGAGGCCAUUCCACGCAGCCACGUCAGGCUGACCGGGGCUGCGGUCCAGCUCACCUGUGAACGCAAGGCUUCUAAGCAGCUGCGUGGGCUCAACUGGGACGCCUCCUUCGGCCUUCUGGAGAUCUUGGAGUGCCUUUGGUCAGCCAGCAGAAGGACGGGAAAACCCGAAUACACUCAGCUGCUGGUCUUUCCCACCCCAGGACCCGUUCCCUACAGCCAGGCGCCUCAGCCCUGCGCACGGAUCCGGUCCAAGCACUUGGAGAAACUGCCGUCCUCCAAGAGCGCCCUGGCGAAAGGGGCCGCGUCCAAGCUGAAGGUGGAGCUGGCGGUAGAGCUGGCCGAGUUCCUCUCCGAAGUGGACCUGGGUACGCUGGAUCGUCUCUGUUCCCUCUUGCAGCCCGCCAUGGUGCCGUCCCGGCCGGGUGGCUACCCUCCCGAAGAACCCGUGCCAGGUUUCCCCCCGGCUGCCCGAUGGCAGGCCAACGUGCAGCUGGUCGCCCCCAAAGCCUCCCUGCUUCUCCAGUUCCCCAUCCCGGACCUCCGCGCCUGGGCUGAGAGGCGCGCCUGGGCCGAGAAGGCGGUGCGCGCGGAGCGUUUGCGGCUGGACCUGGCCGGCGUCGAGCUGCGCACCGAUUUGGAGCCGACGGGUCCCACUAAGUUAGAGGUCACCCUGACAGACUUGCACGGCAUUUAUGAAGAUGGCGAGGCGCUGUCGGUGCCUUGUUUUCGGGUGAGCAAAGCCCCAGACUUGCUGGCCAGAGGCGGAGGGAAGAAGUACCUCCUUCCUAAGCUCAUCUUGACCUUCUGCCCAACGCCCACGGAGGCCCCUUGGGAUUUGGCGCUGGCAGUCGCCGAAGAGGUGGAGCUGUCGACGGUCGAAAGCCCCUGUGAGCUGAAGCAGCCGGAGCCGUCGCCCUUCUCCUCCAAGCGGACGAUGUACGAGACUGAGGAGAUGGUCAUCCCAGGGGACCCCGAGGAGAUGGCCGAGUUCCAGAGCCAGACGCUGGCCGCCUCCCGCUACACUCUGGAGCUGACCUUCCCUACCGUUCACAUCUUCAUGCCGAGCAAGAGGUUCUACGAGAGCAUCUACAACAGGAUCAAUAAUGACCUCCUGAUGUGGGAGCCCUUCAGCCCCCUCCCGAGCCCCACUGAUCCUACAGGAAGGGCCGGAUCCGCAUCCCCCUUUGCCCCCGAUGGGCCCCCACACGCCCACUGGCCGGAGAGCUUCCAGAUGUGCAAGUCAGCCUUUAAAUUGGAUUCAGACUCCGAGGACGACGACUCCCACUUCUACUCGGCGGACGAGACAGGCGCGCAGCAGAAAAGAGGGGAGCCGAGGAACCCCUUUCCUCUCAGCUGCAUCUCUGUUGUGCUCCGGGUGGGCCAGGGACGCAUUACGGCGCUCUGCGAUGCCAAAGGCGAAGGGGGCAAAAAGCUGGAAGCAGUUCACGGGGAACUUGUCCUGGACGUGGAAAAUGGGAGUCUCUUCAGCGUCUCACACUACAAAGGCCGCGAGGACAUUGGCUACUUCUGCAUCGAGGCUGAGAAGGUGGCCCUUUAUCACAAAGGUUAGGAUCCAGACACGCUUACCCCCUCCCACAAAACCAUUCCUUCUUUUCACCCCCCCCUCUCCCCCUUCUGGGCCCCUUCAGAGCAGGAAGCCAGCCAGCCUGGCUCCCUUGCAGUCCCGGGUAAAAGGAAGGCCGAAUGCACUGGGAGAAAACCUACGGAUGGUGACCCACAUUUUCCUUCUGGGUUGCAGGAGUUCCUGGUGACGCUGCGCCUCGAGGGCGCCACCAUACGGCACCGCAUGGCGCUGGCCCACCAGAGCUGGUACACGCAGUUGAUCGACUUCCUGGAUGUUCUGGACGACCCCAUCCUGGGCUUCGUGCCCCCCGCCAUCAUCACCGUUUUGCACACCCACCUCUUCAACUGUGCCGUGGAUUACAGGCCUCUCUACUUACCCCUCCGGGUCCUCAUCACCGCGGAGACCUUCACCCUCUCCAGUAACAUCAUCGUGGAUACCUCGGUCUUCCUCCUUCGCUUCAUUUUGGAUAACUCUACUCUGUUCCUCUCCAACAAGUGUGAAGCAGAGACCGGUGACCUGAAUAAAGAUUACGUUUGCGUGGUGGAAGUGGAUCUCUUGGAAUUAGUCAUCACGACAUGGAAAGGAGCCACCACUGGCAAGCUGACCCGGCCCCUCUUUGAGCUCCGCUGCUCCAACAACGUGGUGCACAUCCACACUUGCGCCGACUCUUGUGCAGCCCUCGCCAACCUCAUCCAGUACGUGGUCAACAAAGGGGACCAGCACCCGCCCCCUCGGCACGACAGCCCCACUGAGAUUGCCGGGCAGAAGGUGCAGUUAUCUGAGAGCCCGGCUUCGCUGCCCACCUGUCCCCCAGCUGAGACGGCGGCCAUCAACCAGCGAGACCUCACAGACGCCCUUAUGGAUACCGAGCGGGGAUACCAGGAAAUGACCGGGGACUCUGGGAUGAGGCGGCAGCCUUCACCCGUCUCAGUGUAUCUCUUCCCCGGUGAGAACGGGGCGGCAGGCCAAGGGAAGGCCCCCCCACCCCCAGGGGCCCCAGUGGGCGAGGGUCUCGAUUUCAGCCCUUCUGAGGAUAGCGAAGGGGAGAGCGAAGCCACGGACGGGUUCUGCAUUUUGGACGCUCCGGGAACAGGCAUUCCGCCUCGGGAUGGGGAACCGGUGGUAACCAAGCUCUUGGAGGGCCCCGUCCACAUCCAGGAGGGCCACUUCUCUCGGCCCCUGGGCAGCACGGAUUUAUUGAAGGCCCCCUCGCACUUCCCGGUGCCGGAGAGCCGAGUCGUGAUGCGGGAAAUUUCGGUGGUCUGGCAUCUCUACGGCGGCAGAGAUUUUGGGCCAGGGCGGUCACCUUCCGGACAUAUGCAUUCCCCCAGGACGAAAUCAAGCCUUCCCAGCACCCGUUCCUCCCCCUCUCGGUCUUCGGUGCCCAGCCGACCCCAGAGCUCCUGGCGGGCUCAAGGAGGCCCCGGACGCAUCCACGACCUGCUGAUGGAAAUCCAGCUUACAAAGGUGAGUUUCCAGCACGAAUCCUACUCGGGUGGAGCAUCCGAGAAGCCAUCCCUGGAAUUGGAGGAGCAGCCCUUAGCCAGGCAGGUGUUCGUUGUCCAGGAGCUGGAGAUCCGAGACCGCCUGGCCUCCUCGCAGAUCAACAAGUUCCUCUACCUGUACAGCAGCGAGCUCCUGCCCCGGCGUGCCCAUUCUAACAUGCUCACCAUCAAAGCUCUUCACGUCUGCCCCGAAGCUGGCGUAGGGGGUCCCGAGUGCUGCCUAAGGGUCUCCCUGAUGCCUCUCCGACUCAACAUAGACCAGGAUGCCUUGUUUUUCCUCAAAGACUUUUUCACCAGCGUGGCGGCCAGCAUCAAUCCCGUCGUGUCCAUGGAAGCCGGGCCUGAAGGUCGUGUCGAGUCCCCCGGGAAGGACUCUGAGGCAGGCGAGAGGAUGAUGGCGACUUCGGUGGAGACCACGACCAGUGAAAACAGCUCCAAUGCCUCCUCUUCCUCUGAGCAACCCAUUUAUUUCCGGGAAUUCCGCUUUACCUCUGAGGUCCCCAUCUGGCUGGAUUACCACGGGAAGCACGUUACCGUUGACCAGGUGGGCACCUUCGCCGGCAUUCUGAUCGGUUUGGCUCAACUCAACUGCUCCGAGCUGAAAUUGAAGAGACUCUGCUGUCGCCAUGGGCUGCUUGGGGUGGAGAAGGUGGUUAGCUACGCCCUGACCGAGUGGCUGACGGACAUCCGUAAAAACCAGCUGCCGGGCAUCCUGGGCGGGGUCGGUCCCAUGCACUCCUUCGUGCAGCUCUUCCACGGCCUGCGGGACCUCUUCUGGCUGCCCAUCGAGCAGUACCGUAAGGACGGGCGCAUCAUCCGGGGCCUGCAACGUGGCGCCGCCUCCUUCGGCACCUCCACCGCCUCGGCGGCCCUGGAGCUCAGCAACCGCCUAGUGCAGGCUAUUCAGGCCACUGCCGAAACCGUCUACGACAUCCUGUCCCCCACGGCUCCGCCAUCCCGCGCCCUGCCGGACAGAAAGUACGCCCGCAAACUACGACGGGGCCAUCAGCCGGCAGAUCUACGCGAAGGGGUGGCCAAGGCCUACGACACCGUGCGCGAGGGCGUCAUAGACACGGCCCAGGCCAUCUGCGACGUGGCUGCCCGUGGGCACGAGCAGAAGGGCAUCACGGGGGCCGUGGGCGGCGUCCUGCGGCAGAUCCCUCCCACCGUGGUCAAGCCGCUGAUCGUGGCCUCCGAGGCCACCUCCAACCUCCUGGGCGGCAUGCGGAACCAAAUCAAGCCCGAUGCCUUGAAGGAAGAAUCGCUUAAGUGGCGUUUGGAAGAGAGCCAGGACUAGCUGGCUUGUUGGGGGGGGGAGGGCGCUCCCCUUCCCCUCCACACCGGAUCCGAACCACGGACGCAGGCCCCACUUGGUCAUUUGCACAGCCGCGGAAGAGACGGCCACAACAAAAGAGGGCUUUCAAUAUGGCCUGGACACAAGACCGCACCCAGCCACCGGUUCCUGCACAGGCCAUGAUGGGUCGGCGGCCAUCUCCUCCCGCCUUGCCCUUAUUUCUGUACUUUUGGGGGUGGGGGGUCUCCAGCUGCCUCCCCCUUCCCCGUUUGAUGCAUGGUCUGCAGCUCUAUUCUCUCGCCCCCCCCUCCCCCACAUACAAAAGCACUCGGAGUGGGGGGGAGAGAAAAAAAAAUAAUUUGAGAUUAAAGGAUGUGACUUGUUUUCAGCUCUCGCUUGCUUGGGAUCCCGGUCAGAUCCUGGCUUAAUGAUUGGCAGGCUGGCUCCUUGGAUUCAGGGCCAGCUUGGAAACCCAGAUAUACGGCCACGCGGCGUUUGCAUUCACCUGGUUUUCUGCGAAAGGAAACAGCCGCGACGGAUUUUCCAAACCAGGUGUGAUCCACGCCAAGUGCCAUCGCUCUUGAGUUUUCAGCAGGCGUGCUUUUCGCGGAGGAGCCGAGUUCGAAAGACUUGAGCUGGCAGUCUAGCGGUUGCCCAAACGCCAUUUUGACUUUCUGGGAAUUCUUUCCUGCUUAGCGUAUCCCUAGAUCCAGCUCAAAAAAGAUGGUUUAUUGUUUGAGGCCAAAUGUGUGAUGUAUCCAAUCAAGGUUUUUUUUUUAAAAAAACAACAACACAAAACUUGAGUUUCUUUAAUCCUAGCUUUGCUUAAAUCACGAUCCAUGAUGGGUUAAUCUUGCCAGGGUUAGGUCAAACCCAAUUUCCUGGGUUUGGUUGGAUCUUUUUGAGUUGCAUUGUGGUGACCAGGAUUAGAAACAGUAUUCCACGUGCCAUAUAAAGCAAUGCAGGUAGCCCUUGACUUGUAACAGCUCAUUUAGUGACUAUUCAAAGUUACAAUUGCUCUGGAAAAUGGGACUUAUGACCGUUCUUCACACUUAACGACCGUUGCAGCGUCCCCUGGGCCACCUGAUCAAAAUCCAGACGCUUGUCAACUGGAUCAUAUACGUCACGUCCCAGGGUUACAUGACGAGCAAAGAACAGAAGUUGCCUUCAUCACUGGAAGCUUUCAAGAAAAGACUGGACUGCCAUCGGUCAGAAAUGGUGUCGGGUCUCCUGCUUGGGUAGGGGGUUGGACUGGAUGACCUCCAAGGUCCCUUCCAACUCUGUUUAUCUGUUAAACAAAAUCUGUUUAUAAAAAGCCAACGGGGAACCCGGUUAAUCUGGUUCCCAACUUAACAAUUGCAACGAUUCACUUAGCGACUGCAGCAAGAAACCUCAUAAAACGAGGCAAAGCUCAUUUAACAAAUGACUGACCUAGGAACAGAUGUCUCAGUUGUGAUCGUAACUUGAGGACUACCGAUAUUAGUAAUUGCGCAAUGUUUUUAACAGAUUAACAGAGUCGGAAGGGACCUUGUAGGUCAUCUAGCCCAACCCCCCU